AUCAUGAGGGCCAAGGGAGCAGUGUUAACCAAAGAGGACAGUGGCUGUUCCAGAGAGCAAGUAUGGAGUGACAGUGUAUUCUGGCUGAGUGCAAAGCUGUAUGAUAAGUUAUUGAAAUGGUAUAGUAACAACACUCCAUUAACCUCAGAACUUGAUGCCUAUGCACACUUCCUGCCAUGCCUUGGGUCUAGAAUGAAAAACGCAAAGCCCUCAGACUUCACAGAUUUUCGAGCCGAGAUGCUGCCUUUACUUCAGGACUGCAACUUCCAACUGGUCCUUCUUAGCAAGUCUAAGUUCUAUCAUCUUGGCACAAUGGAGGAAUAUCUGAUGCACUUCAACAUCUUGGAUGAGUUUUGCAGAGAAUUAGGAAUUGUGAAAAACACAAGUAACAUUCCUAAACCCUUCAUUGGAGGAGGUGAAAGCUCCAGUAAAGAUGUCAGUAUUCAUAAAGAAAUAACUGUUGAAACCUAUUUUUCUGAUGCAACUCUUGGGAUAAUAGUUCUACAGGACAAAGCUCAGGUUGUCAUUGAAAACUGCCUUAUAGAUGUUCCAUUACAAAUUGAGGGGCACACAAUCAUUAGUAACUGCACCUUGAAAAAGUGCCCCAGUGUGAGAUUUCUCCAUGACAAGAUCAGUUUAUUCCAGGGUUUCUUGUAUCAUACUGUUCCUGUUACUUAUGAGAACCAAAACCUAUAUGUAACCAUUGCUUUUGAUGUAGAUUGCAACAUGAAGAAAACAUCAAAGAAUUUGUCAGGGAUUGAGCUGUAUGGAACUACCCUCAGUGAUGUGAUUUGUUAUCUUGGUUAUAAAGCAGAAGAUGUGAUAUCAAAAAAUGCAGCAGUCAUAUCUCUUUGGACAGCAAAAAUAUUUGUGGCAAAACCUACAGCUGCUGAGAGCUUUUGGUGGACCCACUACAAUGUGAAUCUGGUGCUGAACAAGCUGCAAGGUACACCAAAGCAAACAGAAUUAGAUGGUGGUAACAGUCCGAUGUUACUUAGUAUGUAUGAUAUUACUUUACAUAAGAACCUAGAAAUUUUAUUGAAGGACCGAGAACAUCUUAGCAGCCUUUUGAAAGAAUAGAUUUGUAGAUGGCUAGACUUAGUUUUAAUAGUUAUGAACAGAUACUGAUUUAUUUUGUGAGUUUAUUGCAUUUGUUGCAGUGUGAAUGGUGGGAACAAGUAAAUCUCAAGAGUGUUGUGAAAACUAUAAAGGAUUUUUAAAUAUUUUAUUUCUUGAUAUAUAAUGUAAAUGUAUUGGUUGUAUAACUUGACAUUAUGUUACUUCAUUGAAAGACCAAGUUAUUGUUUAUUAAACUACAAUAAUGAACCAAAUAGAAUACUUGGUUUCA